GAAAAAAACAUCGAACGUUUUACGACUAAUAUUUUUGAUUUGUUUUGAUUCUGGUCUAAAGCUGUCCAUGAGGUUAAUAUGGCGGAAGAUAAUGAGAAAACAGUAACUUUCAAAGAUCUGGGAGUAACUGAUGUGUUGUGUGAGUCUUGUUUACGACUUGGGUGGACCCAUCCAACAAAAAUUCAACGAGAAGCAAUACCUUUAGCAUUAGAAGGUAAAGACAUUAUUGGGUUGGCUGAGACUGGAUCUGGGAAAACAGGUGCAUUUGCACUUCCUGUUUUGCAAACAUUACUUGACAAUCCACAACGACUUUAUGCACUAGUAAUUACUCCUACAAGGGAGUUAGCAUUUCAAAUUUCUGAACAAUUUGAAGCUUUAGGUUCUUCAAUCGGCAUAAAAUGUGCUGUCAUUGUUGGUGGAGUUGAUUUAAUGACUCAAAGUUUGGCUCUCACAAAAAAACCUCAUAUUGUUAUAGCAACACCUGGGCGAUUGGUAGAUCAUUUAGAGAAUACAAAAGGUUUCAGCUUACGAUCUUUGAAGUACUUGAUAAUGGAUGAAGCUGACAGGAUCUUAAAUAUGGAUUUUGAAGAAGAAGUAAACAAAAUUUUAAAAGUGAUUCCCAAAGAGAGAAGCACUUAUCUUUUUUCUGCAACAAUGACAAAAAAAGUUGCUAAAUUGCAAAGAGCAUCAUUGAAAAAUCCAGUCAAAGUUGAAGUUUCCACCAAAUUUCAAACAGUAGAAAAACUUCAGCAAAGCUACAUAUUUAUACCAAAUAAAUUUAAGGAUUGUUAUUUGGUUUCAAUACUUAAUGAUUUAGCUGGUAAUUCGUUUAUAAUCUUUUGCGGCACCUGUAAUAAUGUUCAAAGAGUUUGUUUAUUAUUGCGGCAUCUUGGGUUUCAUGCUGUUCCAUUGCAUGGUCAGAUGACUCAGGCAAAAAGAUUAGGUGCUUUAAAUAAAUACAAAUCAAAAUCACGAACAAUUCUUAUUGCUACUGAUGUAGCAAGUCGUGGGUUAGAUAUUCCUCAUGUUGAUAUUGUUAUUAAUUUUGAUAUUCCAACACAUUCAAAAGAUUAUAUACACAGAGUGGGAAGAACUGCUCGUGCUGGUCGGUCUGGAAGAUCAAUAACGUUUGUCACUCAAUAUGAUGUUGAAUUGUAUCAACGAAUAGAACAGUUAAUUGGAAAAAAGUUGCCAUUGCAUCCUAUGGUAGAAGAAGAAGUAAUGCUUUUAGUCGAAAGGGUUACCGAAGCCCAAAGAUACGCGAAAAUGGAGUUAAAACAAGUGCAUGAAACUAAGCGUAAAACAAUCGAUAUAGAUGACGAAGAAAAUUCGACAGAAAAAAUUUCUAAAAAGAUGAAAAUGGAUCAUGAAAAUAAAAAGUUCAAAAAAGGAAAAUUCAAACACAAAAAGAAAUAAAGUGUAAUCUAAUAUGUAUUAUUCAAAACAAGCCAAUUAACCAAUUGAUAUCAGCCAACAAUCCGAUUAAAAUUAGCCAACAAUCGGACAAUUUUCUAUCUUAUGGACAAGCUUAACAUAUGGGCAACUGUAUUGACUACAAAAACUCGUAAACCAAGUUCAAAGAAAUCUACAAGUGUACAAAUUAAUUGUAAAAUAAUCUUAGAUUUAAAUAA